CAGGCAGACAGCCAGUUCAGAGGGAAAGAACCAGCAGCCACAGGAAGCCAGAGAUGAUCAGAGGACUUAUUCUCACAGGACUACUGGUCCUGCUUUGGCACCAGAUGGAUGUACAAGCGCACACGUUGAGCAGACACAGCCCCGCAAGCAACAUGGCCAAGCUGAAGAGUUUGCUGCAGCAGUUUGAGGAGGCCAUGGCCGCAGAAGAGGCUCCUGAGAGAUCCGUCGAUUAUGAGGACAGCAACACUGCGCUGGAGCAGAGCCCAGCUUCUGCAUCCUGGGACAGAGACAGAGCGGAAGAAGCACCGCCGGCGGAGGACACCAACAACCAGGAUGGAUUUGAGGCGCAGAGAAACCGCCUCAUAGAUCUCCUCAUGUCAACCCGGAGCAAAAGCCUGUCUGGCUGUUUCGGGGGAAGGCUGGAUCGCAUAGGGUCCUCCAGCACCCUUGGGUGCAACUCUAAAAAAGGUUAGCUACAAUGAGUGAACACAGUGACGUUAAGAUUACAAAAUAUAUUUAUGAUAUAUAAGUUAUUUUACAUGUGGGCAGUUGUCCAUGAACUUUUCAUGUAUUUAAGAGAGGGCAAAAAUCUCUGUAACUCUAGAUAAAAGUAAAUCUAAGGUCCUGUAAACUUCACAAUUUUCCCCCCAAAUUUUUAAUUACCUUUGUCUUCAAUAAGUAGUUUUACAUGGUCCUGAGGUGUGCCAGAUGACUUCUGUUUUUUGAUCUCAAAAAACAGAAAAGAUGCCGGUAAUUUUCAUCAUCUGUUAACUCUACAAAAGGUCUCAUUAGUUAACAUGAGUUAAUGUAUGAACUAACCUUAACUAACAAUGAGCAAUGCAUUUCUUACAGUAUACAAGUACAAGAAUAUGCAUACAACUGUUAUUUGUUAGUUCAUGUUAGCUGAGGUCCAUUAAAUUAUAUCAACAGAUACAACUUGUGAUUUAAUAAUGUAAAAAUUAACAUUAAGAUUAAUAUAAUCUUAACUAAUGUCAACAAGUAGAACCUUAUAUUAAAGUGAUUCCGGCAACACUUUACAAUAAGGUUUCAUUAGUUAACAUUAGUUAAGUACUUUAGUUAAUAUGAACUAAGAAUGAACAACACCAUUUAUUAAUCUAAUUUCAGCGUUUACUAAUGCAUUAUUAAAAUCAAAAGUUGUGUUUGUUAACAUCAGUGAAUGCAUUGUGAACUAACAUGAACAAUGAACAACUAUGUUAUUAACUAACUGUAAUAAAUGUACUGCUCAUUGUUUCAUGUUAGUUAAUACAUUAACUAAUGUUAACAAAUGUCACCUUAUGGUAAAGUGUUACCGUGAUGCGCAUUAAACACAAUGCAAUGGGGAAUUUUAAUAUGUGGGGGAAAAACACCUGUUAAAAAUAAACAUGGAAGAAAUCCUUCAUUUGGGCCCUAUUUUUACAGCCUUUUGUAGAAUAAAUAUCAGUGUACUAUGAACAUAUAAAAACUGCAUGUAUUUUAAUUCAAAGUUGACAGAAAACAAAUUUGUAAUUUAGAAAACAGAAAGACUAAAUUAAAAUGUUACAAAAUGCAUGCUAAACUAAAACUGUGUGAAAAUCUUUCCUCAAAUCUUCAAACAUGAAAAUGAAUGUAACGUGUGGAAAUGAAGCCAAUAAGACUUUGUUAUAAAAUUCUUCCAUAUUUUGCAAUGCCUGUUGUGCUUUAUAUUAUCUGAUGGUUUAUUUUUGUUUAAUAUAUUUAUUGUGUACAAGUAGUUGAGUGCUAAUAAGCAUGUUGAAAUACGAUAUAUGGCAACAAUCACGAUAAUUCUGUGCAUUCAUAAUGUUUUAAUCAUUCUGCAUUCAUUUAUGAGGUUUAUGAAAUUGCAAUUCUCCUGUCCGGUGUGCAGUUCUGCUUUUAAUGACGACACUCAUGAAUGUGAAUUGCUAUUUGUUUGUGCUGAACCUGUACUUUGAAAUAAAAUGCAAAAUACAAUUUUGUUUCAAGAACAGACUUUUGGUUGCAGAAUGUGAUAUUAAAAUGAUAAUAAAAUCCUGGUUUUUAAAUCA